UGACCUGGUGCUCUCUUCUCCUCCUUCACUGUACAUAUAUACCUGCACCAACCACGAACUCUCUAAUUUUCCCAAAUCCAUAAGUCUAAUUCUCUCUCUCGUUCUCUCUGAUUGAAACGCCAACUAUGGAGCAAAGGACCCUGGAACUGGAGCUGGUCUCUGCCAAGGACUUGAAAGACGUGAACUUGAUUUCCAAGAUGGACGUAUACGCCGUCGUCUCUCUCCACGGCGACACCUUCCACGGCGAGCAGAAGACCAAGACCAAGCUCGUCCGCAACUGCGGCACCCACCCCACUUUCAACUUCCCCAUGAGGUUCUUUGUCGACGACUCUCUAACCCAACAGAACCGUCUCUCUCUUGAUAUCAAGCUCGUCUGCGAGCGCAGUCUCGGCGACAAGGACAUCGGCGCCGUCCACGUCCCCGUCAAGGAGCUCUUCGACUCCGCCGACCCCAAGAACAUGAAGUUCAUCUCCUACCAGGUCCGCCGCCCCUCCGGGAGGCCCAAGGGCGAGCUCAGCUUCUCUUAUAAGUUCGGUGAAAAGGUCGCCGCCCCGGCGCCGGAGGUGGCUAAGAAGGGUGAGCCGGUGACGGCGUACCCGGUUGGAGCACCGACGUACGGGGCGUACCCACAACAGGCGACAAGUUCGUCCGGGUCGGUUUACCCGCCGCCUCAACCCGGGUAUGGAUACCCGCCACCGCCGCCCGGGGCGGGUUAUCCGGAGGCGCCGCCGCCGGGAUAUGGGUACCCACCGCCGCAACCGGGAUAUGGGUACCCGCCGCAGCAGCCCGGGUACGGAUACCCGCCGCCGCCGCCGGGGUAUGGGUACCCGCCAGUGCAGCAGGUGCAACAACCGGAGAAGAAGAAGAGCAAGUUCGGGAUGGGAUUGGGAGCUGGGUUGCUAGGAGGUGUUCUUGGUGGGAUGAUUAUUGGAGAUAUGGUCGACGGCGGUGGAUGCGGUGGCGGAGGAUGCGGUGGUGGUGGGUGUGGUGGUUUUUGAUCGAUUUUAGACUCGUUUUAUGUUUGGUCUUGUGUAGACUUGAGAGUUCUAUUUUCGGUUAAUUUGGAUAUUAUCUUGUAAUUCAUGUUAUACACAGUGUUUGGUGUUCUUGUAACAUCUUGUUCUUACUUUUAGUUUGAUUUGAUUCA